AUUUGAGCGCGUCACAGCCGCGAUACAGACGGAUCACACGCAUAUUAUGAUCGCGGACGCGUUUACGUCAACGGAUCACAACUGAACCGCGUCACCGAACAGAACCGGCGCGUGUGGCGAGAGUUCUAACGGCUCUAAACGGGAGACUGUCAUCUGGUUUAAGGAGCAACUCCUCUAGCGCGUUAGCGAGCGUCACUCACGCGUGCACGCGCGCUCGGAUCGCGGAUAUUCACACCUCCCGAUCGAGCUGAUCGAUCAAUCAAUGGACAUGGAGCGGAAGAAGACGGAUUGCCCGGCACUUCCACCCGGCUGGAAGAAGGAAGAAGUGAUCCGGAAGUCCGGGCUGAGCGCUGGGAAGAGUGAUGUGUAUUAUUACAGUCCGACAGGAAAGAAGUUCAGGAGUAAGCCGCAGUUAUCCCGUUACCUCGGCAACUCUGUGGAUCUGGGAUGUUUCGAUUUCCGCACGGGCAAAAUGAUGCCCAGCAAAAUGCAGAAGAACAAACAGAGACUGCGCAGCGACAUCCUCAGCAUGUCAAAGGGGAAGCCGGAUCUGAACACCGCACUCCCCAUCAGACAAACAGCGUCCAUCUUCAAGCAGCCCGUCACUAAAGUGGUCAAUUAUCCAAACAACAAAGUGAAAACAGACCUGCAGAAAGCCACAGAACAACCUCGACAGCUCUUCUGGGAGAAGCGUUUGAAGGGUUUGAGAUCUUCAGAUGUGACGGAGGAAGUGCUCAGGACUAUGGAGCUGCCCAAAGGUUUACAAAGUAUCGGUCCAGCCUCGUCGGAUAAGACGCUUCUGUCAGCGAUCGCGAGCGCUUUACACAUGAGUUCUGCUCCAAUCACCGGCCAGACGUCCACGGCGGCGGAGAAAAACCCCGCUAUAUGGCUCAACGCCUCGCAGCCGCUGUGUAGAGCGUUCACCAUCACCGAAGAAGACAUCAGGGAGCAGGAGCUGAAGGUCCAUCACGCCCGGCGCAGUCUGGAAGAAGCUCUGAUGGCCGACAGUCUGGCGCGAGCGGCCGAAUCCACCAGAGACACGGAGGGUCGAGCGGCAUAAAGAUCACUGCAGAUUUCUCUGUUCCCUGGAGUCACACACCCCCUCUGUGGACUUCCUGGAAAUGAUGAUGUUAUCCGUCUGCGUCAACCACAACUGGUCCGAGAACGCAGAACAAAUAGCUUCAACCAAGGCCUUUUCAGCUAGAGCACAUAUUUUCCUGUACAUAUCUAUAUAUAAUUGAGAACAAUGCUUAUUUUGUGUCAGAGAGAUGUCAUAAGAAAUUUAAUAAAGCUUUUAAUACGGGCAAAUACAGAGCAAUACUUCCUCAAUCAAAUCAGGUCGCCGUUUGCUGGAUUUGUAUUGCAAAGUUGUAUUUUUAUUUAGUUUGGUGUCGUUUGUUGUACGGGAUGUGUUCUCUUCAGGGUUUGUAACAAAUAAUUAAUGCAUUUACAAUGUAUGAAUGAAAACUGCUUAUUUAAGAAAAGAUUUUAUACCUUGAGAUAAAAAUGUGUACAUUUCUUGCAUCAUUCUACAGUAAAUAAAUGAUUAUAUU